AUGGAAAGUUGGUCGGUUGAUCAAGUCUGCAACUGGCUCAGACAGAGGAAUUUAGGAGAACUAGUUCCUAAAUUUCGUGAAGAAGAAGUGAGUGGAGCAGCUCUUCUGGCUCUUAACGAUCGCAUGGUGCAGCAGCUGGUGAAGAAGAUUGGACACCAGGCAGUGCUAAUGGACCUGAUUAAUAAAUACCAGCAACAAAAAAAUGGGCCAGAACCCCUUACAUAUUACUGUGAAACAGCUUCUCCAAUGCUUCCAGCUAUCAGUGGAAGAAAUCUGAAAUCAUGUUCUGCAGGAUGUAAGAUGUUGCACUGGACAAGUUCUUAUAUGUUGCCAGCUUUUCCUUAUGAUGUCAAGAUUUUAUUAGCAGAAAAAAAAUGCCCUGAUCACAGUAUGAGAAUAAGGAUGAUUGAAUGUUUGCAAGCAGACAUGACAAAAUACCUAGCAGGAUCACUGUAUCCGAACAGCCAGCAAUACAACUUUGUUGUCAGUGCUUUGCUGCAGGCAUACCCGUUUCUGGAUGAUGAUGGGAAUGGCUUUUCGGUAUGGAAACGGGCCCUUAAAGAUCGUUUCAAAUAUGUGCGGAGAGCUAUUGAAGAUGAUGAGGAAGUUUUAAGGAACAAAUGCAAGUUUGGCCAGAGGCGAGGACAGGGGAGGAAAUCUUCAUCUGCUGAGAAGAAACCUUAUGACAUCAAAGUGCAGAAAGAGGAUGAUCCCGCUUAUCUUGAAGGUGAUGCAAUGUAUGCGAACAUUAACUGGCUGAAGCAAGAAUAUAUGAAAACUCAGAGAAACUGGAAAGAAGUGAAUGACAGAAUGAAUGCAACAAUACAAAUACGAAGGAAGAUGAUCAGUGAUAAGGCACCUUUACAAGACAUUCUUAGACUAUUUCCUUUCUUAAGAUGCCCUUAUCAGCUCUUUCGGGAGUUCCAGGUUCUUACACACACGAACGUUUAUCAGAAAACAGUUGAGAUUUUGGAGAUUUAUUCAGAAAACAUAUUAUCUUUGUAUCUGGUGAAGAAUAAUCCAAUUACCGUUAUGCUGCAAGAAAAUCUGAAACAACACACAGAGGAAGACAUUUUAAAAUAUAUGAAGAUGACUGCUGCAUGUUUACUUCUGCCAGAUGUCUUUGGAGAUGACUCGAGUCUGUUUGCUGCAGUAAACGAGGAGGUGAAGGUGGUGACACCAGUGUUGGAAGUUAAAAAUCCCUUCAAUGUGAAUUCAUGUGAGUUUGCUCUGUAUGUAGAAAAACAAGAGGUAGCCCAGCUUGAGGACUGCACCACAGCCCUGGCAGCACUGGUGGCUGCAUUUUACGUGUUUGAUAUCCCGUGCCCAAACAGAAUCUAUAGGACACUGAACUUCCUGGAGUCCCUGGUCUUUGAGAUGAGGUGUCCAGCAUUCCUCCCAGCUCAGGUAAAGAGGGGACCGGAGAUCCCUGAAUAUCCCAGUAUUUGCUAGUGUGCACAGCACUCGUCUCAGGAACAUUUUGUC